GUGAUCAAAAAGUCUUUGGCCCCCAAGUGGCGCCAAAAGUUUUACUUUGCGAUCAACCCUGCGACAAAGUACGCCAACACCGUCGUGAAGCUCCGCUGCGAAGACCAAGACGUGUUCGGAACGGACUUCAUGGGGCUUGUCGCGAUCGACGUCCGCGAGUGGAUCCAAAAGUUUGGCGGCAUCAAGACCGACUUGUGGCUCAGUCUAGGCCCCAACACAAACAACCCUACCCGCGCCAAUUUGAGCGAGGAAGAGCCGUCGGAACUCGGCUGGGGCCAACUGCAUGUGGCCAUCGAACCGUGUACACUGGACUGUUCGUUGGAUCGAUUGGCGCAAGGAGAAACGGACUCGGAGGUGUAUGCGGCGGGUGACGGCGGCGAGAGCGGCGCCAACGGCACGUUGGAGGAAACGCCUGAAAAUGCCAAAGAAUCGGACGAGGACAUUCAAAAACGCGAACUCGAGCAAAAGAAAAUGAUGGAUGAACUGCAACAAGUCGAGUUUAAGCAUGGCGAUUACCAGGUCCAAGUGCGGGUGAUUGAAGUGCGCGACUUGGUGCCGCAGGACGCCAACGGGUCGGCGGAUCCGGUUGUGUUUGUCGAGUGUUUGGGGGAGACGCAGCACACAGCCGUCAAGCCCAACCAGCUCAGCUGCGUCUUCGACCACCUCAUGUUCUUCAACUUCAAGGACCUGGACAAGGACACGGUCGAAGGCGCGUCCAUCCAAGUGACUGUGCAGGACGCCGACGGACCGUUUUCACACGACAAAAUCGGGACCUUUCGCAUCGAUGUGCCGUACGUGUACUACCAGAAGAACCACGAAAUGUAUCGGCAAUGGGUCGCCUUGGUCAAGAGUGCCGGCGACAGCGAACAAGGCGUCCAAGGCUACCUCCUGUACGAUAUCAUUUGA